AUGGCUGCAGCAACGUCCUCCUCUGCCUCGCCGCUCCUCCUCCCCUCAGGGCCGAGACAUGCCUCGGCCUCGACGGCGUGGCUUCGCGGCGGCAGCGCGUUCAGAAGCAGGGCGCUGAGCUCAGAGGCGCCGUGCUGCUGCAAGGCCGCCGCCGUUGGAAGCGCGGAGCAAUGCGGGGCGGCUGACGAUUUCUUGAUCGGUGGCAGCAGCAGUACCCGGAGGGGGCUGGUAGGAGUGGCCCUGGGAGCCUCUGCCUUGGGGCUGGCAGCGUUUGAUGCCGUCGCCGCCGGGUUGCCACCAGAGGAGAAGCCCAAGCUCUGCGACGCCACCUGCGAAAGCGAGCUCGAAAAUGUGCCUAUGGUAACUACGGAAUCCGGACUGCAGUACAAGGAUAUCAAAGUGGGCGAAGGGCCAAGCCCACCCAUUGGUUUCCAGGUUGCAGCAAAUUAUGUUGCUAUGGUGCCAACUGGGCAGAUAUUCGACAGUUCACUGGAGAAAGGUCAGCCCUACAUAUUCCGUGUUGGAUCAGGACAGGUGAUCAAGGGGCUUGAUGAGGGGAUUCUGUCAAUGAAGGUUGGAGGACUACGUCGGCUGUACAUACCUGGGCCAUUAGCAUUUCCUAAGGGUCUUACUUCAGCUCCUGGAAGGCCACGAGUACCCCCGAGCAGCCCUGUCGUUUUCGACGUCAAUUUACUGUACAUACCAGGUCUAGAUGAUGAGUGA